AUGAGCCCCCGGCCAGGGCAAUGGGAAAGAGCAGGGGAGAAGGGGGAGAAUUGGUACGAGGAUGCCGCUGGAGACUAUCAAGAAGAGGGCUCGAGGAAUGGCGGCAACGUGUUCCACCCGGAGAUCUCCAGGGAGGAGCUUGCAGAGCUCCACUCUGUCAAGGUUGAUUGCGUCGGGCCUGAGACCACUGAAGCAGAUGUGUAUGGUACUUUCUCUCGCUUUGGUGAAGUACGAGAUAUCUAUAUCCCUAAAGAGAUGGAUGGUGUUACUAAUAAGCCUUUCUGCUUUGUCCGAUAUGGUUCUGAGGAGGAAGCACAGAAGGCCCUCACAGUUCGGGGUGUACGCCUCCCAGGUGGCCACGCAGAAGUGAGGGCCCAACUUUCGAAGAAACGCUCGAGUGACGCGGGUCGGCGGGCAUCAUCUAAGCUGGAGGACCGGUCUCCAGUGAAGGCCAGAGACAAUGUUCAACCCUAUGAUGGGGGUCGGAGGCCGCCCAAGGAGGGGGAAGAAGGAAAAUCAGAGCUCUUUUCUGUCAAGGUAUCGAACCUAGCUGCUGACACUGCACCAGCGGAACUGGUUCAUAUCUUCUCUAUCUACGGCUUGGUCCGAGAGGUCUACAUCCCAGAGGGGGUUUACUACGGCUUUGUACGUUUCGGGCGAGAGGAAGAGGCUGUGGCUGCUCUUGGUGCGGACCAGACGACAAGCCUACGUGGCGCCAUGAGGCCUAUCAAAGUGGAGUUAUCCUCGCGUAACAGGCAGCACUUCAAGCCUCUGGAGAGGAGGAGUUAUACGGCCACUCCCUUCCCACAAGAUGAGCAGCAGCAACAGUGGCAGCGAGAGAGAAAUAACUAUGGCGCUGACACGUUGCCAAUGUCCCAACCUUAUCCAUCUUCCUCUAAAUUCCCUUCGACCAACCCAGCCAACCCCAUGCCUCCUCGAGCCCAGCCCUCCCCUAGUGCUCCUCAGCAGGGACGUUUCUCCCGGCCAUCCUACGGUGACAGCCGACAUCCAGCAGAACCUGGCCAAGCCAGUCGGAAUACAUCGCUAGCAGCAGCUCCUGCUGAGGGUAGAGUGCGGGGGCGACCGAACCCUGCGAGAGUCGAGGAUCUACCACAGCUUGACAGGGAGACUCGAGAUCGGCUCGUGUCAGUGAAGAUUGAUGGCCUCGAUGAUCCGGGAAAGUAUCGGCAGGAAGUGUAUGAACUGUUCAGUGAAUUCGGCAAGGUCCAAGAAGUUUAUGUGCCAAUGGCGCGGGCUUAUGACCACCCGCAUUAUAUGUUUGUGAGAUACUCUACUACAGAAGAAGCAGAAGCCAGCUUGACGUUGAAUGGCCGGAUGGUUAAUGGCUGGCCCAUCCGGUGUGGCCUGGCUAAGCGGCCUCUAACAUCCUCAACCCAUGGUCAGUCUUCGGUCCCGGGGAGUAGUUGGAGUAGACGAGACCCCGCACCAGCAUCGGGGUGGACCGAACAGGAGCAACAGCGAGGCUGGAGGGUAUCAAACCCCGCUCGCCCGAGUGCUCCGGCUGAAUCGAACUCCCGAGGUGAUGCGGGUUAUCGUACAGAUAAGUAUUACCCGCCGACGGGCGAUCAGGGACCGCCAUCGUCAGCUCCCAAUCAACAGCAGAAUGCGCAUCGCCCGGUGCUAUCAGCGCAAGACAGAGAGAGGAUGUUCUCGGUGAAGGUGAAUAAUGUCGGCUGGGAGACCACGGAAGCCGAAAUUGAGGGAAUCUUCUCUGAUUAUGGAUACAUCACUGAGGUCUAUCAUCCGAGGGACAAACCCUUCGCUUUCGUUCGUUUCGAAACUGAGCGAGAGGCCAUGUGA